CAAGGGGUUUGACGGCCAGAUUUUUUUUUAAUCGUCCGUUCCAAAUUAAAAUGAGUUUUGGCUGUCCUCAGUAUGUCUCGAUAGUCUGGGCAUCGCCGACGGCAGCGUUGCAGACUCUUCCUUCAAAGCCUCCUCAAUGAAAGACGCCACCCCAGAAAAAGCCCGCCUCAACGGGGAGUCCUGCUGGAAGCCGUCAAGAAAUCCCGUCGGCAGCUGGAUCCUGGUGAACAUCGGCUACAAGAGAAAGGUGACGGCGAUCGUGACCCAGGGGUGUGAUAGCAACAAUACUCGCUCCUGGGACAUCAAACUUGAGAUGAGACUGAGCGUUGAUAGGAGGAAGUGGACCAAACACCCGGACGGGAAGUUCAUCGGCGGUGGGACUCAUCUGCUUGAGACGCCCGCAAUCGCUCAGUACGACUGCAUCCUGCCGCUGGAAAAUUGUCCAGAAUUUGGCCUCCGCUUCGACAUCUUGGGAUGCGCACAUGAGGAUGAGACGACCUGUGCCGGAAAGUUCAACAGCCUCCGCUUCACCGAUUCGAUGACAUGAGUCACGCUUGACACAAUGUUUCAUGACCGCCUGUCGUCAAUUUCACAACAUGUGUGUGUCUUCUGCAGGUUCUACUGUCCGCCCGG